CCUAAUGAAUUUCAGAACCGGGUUAAUCCGUUACUCUGCCAGAUCAAAGAAACUUUCCAGAAACUUGAAAGGUUUCAACGGAUCUUGAAUGGCCUGAGUGUGGUAUGCAAAGAUGCUGAAAAUGCUUGAAGCAACAAAAUCUAGCGGCGCAAUUGCCGACUUUACGACAUUUGUUCUGUUUCCUAUAGCGGUCGCUGCUGCCUGCCUGCAGUUUUCCCCGACCAUGAUGCCAUUGCCACCAGGACCGGCAGUGCUUAUUUUGACCGCAGUAUUUAUUGUUACAAUAAAGACGCUGCACGCCAUCUUUGGUGCACUCCCUGGAAUUGCUUGGUGGUGGAGUAAAAUUAAGACGCCUGUGAAGGCAAUGAAGUUGGAGGGGGUGGGGAACCCUCUCUGUAUUGGCCCUUUGAGCAGCCCCACGCGAAAACACCCCAGCGAUAUUGACAGAACGGCGCUGGACGUCGAAAUGGGUCCAGUCCCAGGUUGAGGAUUGCAUACUUCAACAUUGCUUUCUAUGUUUUUUUUUUUUCGGGCGCUACAGUAUAUAUACCCCCAGUUCUCAAAUCAUGUAAUUGCACUAAGUCAUGCUACCUGAAAUCGCGAAAUAAUUCAUUCGAAAUGCUUGGUUCGAAGUGAAGUUAUGGUAUAGAGAAGCAAUCUUUCUGCAUAGCAGGCCGGAG